AAAUUAAUGGCAUCAGAAUAUGAUGAUGAUCAAUUCGAUGGAUUCGUUUCGGCAAACAAUAAAAAUAGAUACGACUAUUUUAAUGAUAUACAACCAGAAUAAAACGAAACUUAAAUACAUAAUGCUUCAUUAUUUCCUGUUACUUAAAUUCCAUUAUAUACUUCUUAAAACACUUAACAAAUUCCUGAUAUUUCAAUUUUAUAUCAAAAUCAACCCUUUAAUUAAUAAUCACUUUUCAAUCCCAAUCUACAAUCAAAUUCAUCAAUUUAAAAUGAUAUUCAGCAAAAUCAUAUUUUUUCAAUCCCUUAGAUAUAAAAUACUGUUUAACAUGAAUCUACUAAUUCAAAUGGCCAUUUUAAUUAUUAAUUCUAACAAUAGUAACAAUAAUCAAAUUAAGUUUAUGAGGAAGAAGAAUUUUAAGAUGGAGAAUUCAUUGAAUUGUAAAAGCCUGUAGAAAUUUAAUAAAUAUCAUUUUCGGAAGUCUAAUCAAAAAUCUAAAUAAAUGAAUAACAAUUUAUUAAAAAUAACAACAACUAAGAAUAAAAAGACUUAUUAUUCGAUUUUGAAAUGUCUACAAAUUAGGUUAUUACAAAUCAUCAAUAAUAGUAAUAAAAUAUUUAAGCUAUUCCAUAAGAACCUAAAAAAUAAAUUUAAUUAUCCUCAAUUUAUGAUGCCUUUCCUUCUGAACAAAACGAAAUGCUUUCAUCCUUAUAACCAUCUCCUUUAUUAUAAAUUCCACAAUCCUAAUAGGAAAAUUAAAACGAUUAAUAAAUUACUAAAAAAUUGAACUUAAUCGAAAUGUAUGAAAAAACAUUGACAUUACCUAUAAAUGAUUAACAAAUAAUCUAAAAUGGAGAGUCUAAAUAAGAUGUAUCAUAAUAAAAAAUAGAAUUAUUUAAUUUGAUUGAUUUUAAUACACAGUCAAAUUAAGCACAUUAACAACAACAUUUUGAAUACAAAGCAAAUUCUUUACUUUCAUUUUAAAAUGAAAAAAUAGAAUAAUAAUAAUUGGAUGUUUAAUAAUAGCAUUAAUAAUUAUUUAAUAAUACAUAAUAAUUUUAUAAUGAUUUUAAUAUAGAUUAAUCAACAUCAUAAUAAUAAAAUCAAAUUAUUUUAAAUUAAACCCAAAAUUAUUAAUUAAACUUUUAAAAUGAAAAUUUAAUAGAUAUAAAAAAUAUUGAAAAUUUGUAAAUUUAAGAAGAAACAAAAAUUGUAAACUAAGAAGUUCAAAAUAUUUAAUCUAAUAUUAAUUAAAUUCUGCUUUCCAAUAUUAAUUAAGAGUGUAAUAAUAAUAAUAAUGACGAUGAUGAAUUUGAUGAAUUUGUAGAAGGAGAAUAAAUAGAAAGUCCUGUAGAAAAUAAUUUGUAAAAUUAAAAUGUUUAAAUAACAAAUUCUACAUACAUAAAUUAAUAAGAUCCAGUAUUUUAGAAUUCAUAAGUAAUUCCUUAAGAUUAAAUGUUUUCAAGUAUUUAAUAAUAACUAGAUUAAUCAAGUUCUUAAAAAUAGAUUUAAUUUUAGUAGAAUAAUUAAGUUGAUUUAAAAAAUAUCUAUUUAACUUAAGAAAUAAACAUAAAAUAAGGUCCAUUAAGAUAGGAGCCAAUAAAGAAGAGGAAUUGGAGAAAUUAAAUAGAAGAUAUAGUUGGAUUUGAUGCAGAAUGUAUGGAUAGUUUUAUGGAAGAAUUGUGUGAUCUAAAAUUACAUUUAUAUAAGGCUUAGGUUUAAGAAUAUGCAUAAUUAGCUAACGAUAUUUAAGCUUUAAGAAAGAAAAAGUAAAUUCAUGUAGAUAAAGAAGAAUAUGAAGAAGCAACUGUUAUAAGAGAUACUUUAAGAGCAAAAGAACCAAUAGCUAUGGUAUUAAAAAAGAAAAUAUUAUAAAUUGCUUAAGUUAUAGAUUUAAUGGAUUAAUAAGAUUUGGAUUAUCAUAUUAAGAAAUAUAUUUUUGAUCAUUAGAAUGAAAUUCCUGAGAAUCCAUCAAUAGAUAUGCUUUUACCAAAGAUUCAAAUAAUUGAAGAUUUUGUAGAAAAAUUAAAAAAGGAGUUGAAAAAAUCUGAAUCAGUUCUGUCAAUAAUAAAAUUGUAAGGACAAUUGGAGAAGGUAAGAUAUGAAAAGAAAUAUUAAAUUUUUAUUUAAGGAUUGAGAAAAAUAAUAGGAAUGAGUUAUAGGUUUUAGUAAUUGUCAGAGUUUGUAUAAUCUGUCAAUGAUAGAUUAAGUGAUUUAAAAAUAGAUGUAAUUAUAAAUUAUAAAUUAAAAAUAGAAGGAAGUUAAUAAAUUAGAUUAUGAAUUCAUUUUUGAAAAUACCUUGAUUCCAUUUUUAAAAGGAUAAUAAUAAUAACAAAAUUAUUGUAAUUAUUGUUUUCAAUCAAAAUAAGAUUUGAUUGAAUACAAAGGGAAAUUGUAUGAUGUUUGUUGUUUGAAUUUUUAUUAUAAUAUUAAUUGA